AUGGCUGUAUGGGAACAAUUAGAAGUAUCCAAAGCACAUGUUGCAUAUGCAUGUGUAGGGGUCUUUUCAUCUAUUUUCUCAUUGGUUUCCCUCUUUAUUAAAGAAAAAUUAUAUAUUGGUGAAUCUACUGUAGCAGGUAUAUUUGGUAUUAUUGUUGGUCCUGUAUGUUUAGAUUGGUUUAAUCCAUUAGAAUGGGGGAAUUCAGAUUCUAUUACAUUAGAAAUUACUCGUAUUGUAUUAUGUUUACAAAUUUUUGCUGUGGCUGUUGAAUUACCGAGAAAAUAUAUGUUAAAGCAUUGGCUUUCAAUUGUUAUGUUAUUAAUUCCUGUAAUGACUAUUGGUUGGCUAAUUAUAGGUUUAUUUAUCUGGAUUUUAAUUCCAGGUUUAAAUUUUUCCGCAAGUUUAUUAGUAUCUGCUUGUAUAACAGCAACAGACCCUAUCUUAGCUCAAUCUGUUGUAUCAGGUAAAUUUGCUCAAAGAGUUCCAGGUCAUUUAAGAAAUUUGUUAUCUGCUGAAUCUGGUUGUAAUGAUGGUAUGGCAUUCCCAUUUAUUUAUUUAUCCUUAAAUUUAAUUUUAUAUCCAGGAAACGCUAGAGAAAUUGUUAAAGAUUGGAUUUGUGUUACAAUAUUGUAUGAAUGUAUAUUUGGAGCUAUCCUUGGUGUAUUUAUUGGUUAUGUUGGGAAACGUGCAAUUAAAUUUGCCGAAGAGAAAAAUAUUAUUGAUAGAGAAUCCUUUUUAGCAUUUUAUGUUGUCUUAUCGUUUUGUUGUGCAGGAUUUGGUUCUAUCCUUGGAGUUGAUGAUCUUUUGGUUUCAUUUUCUGCUGGUGCAACUUUUGCUUGGGAUGGUUGGUUCUCAAAGAGAACUGAAGAAAGUAAAGUCUCUACUGUGAUCGAUUUAUUAUUAAAUUAUGCAUAUUUCAUCUAUUUUGGUGCAAUUGUUCCUUGGAAACAAUUUAAUAAUGGUGAUAUUGGUUGUAACGUUUGGAGAUUAAUUAUUUUAGCAUUUGUUGUUAUUUUCUUAAGAAGAAUUCCUGCAGUGCUUGCAAUGAGAAGAUUUAUUCCAGAUAUUAAAUCAUGGCGUGAAGCUUUAUUUGUUGGACAUUUUGGUCCUAUUGGUGUUGGUGCAAUCUUUGCUGCAAUCCUUUCAAGAUCAGAAUUAGAAGCAAGUGUCUCUGAAGAAGAAACUCCUUUAAAACAUCUACCUGAAAAAGGUACAAAACAUUAUCAAUUAAUUGCAUGUGUUUGGCCAAUUGUAUGUUUCUUUAUUGUUACAUCAAUUAUUGUUCAUGGUUCUUCAGUGGCAAUCAUAACUUUAGGUCGUCAUUUAAAUACUAUUACAUUAACAAAAACUUUCACCACACAAACUUUUGGAGGUGGUGGUGGGAAAAGCUCAUGGAUGCAAAGAUUACCAUCAUUGGAUAAAGCAGGUAGAUCUUUCUCAUUACAAAGAGUCGAUACUACAGGUAAGAUGAUCCCUGGUAGAGAAAAUAAAGUAAUGUCAAGAACGAGUACUGUAGAGACAAGUGGUGUCCCUGUAAGACAUGCAGGUGGGAUGACAAGAAGAAGGAAACAUAAGAAACAUGGUAGAAAACAUAGUAAAUUAAGACAUAGACAUUUACCUCGUGAAAUCUUCCGUUCUAGAUCAUAUAGAAAAUAUUCAAAUGAAUAUGAUGAUGAAUUAAAUGAUUUAGGGAGAGAAAGAUUACAACGUGAAAAAGAAGCUCGUGCCGCUACUUUUGCAUUAAGUUCCUCUGUUGCACCUCAAUCUGAUGAACAAGAAUCUACCAUAACAGGCAGUAGUCAACAAAAUGAAUUAGGUGUCUCUCCAUCUGAAUUUUCAAAUGGUACUGUACAUGAAAAUGAUUCUGGAUCACAAAUGAGUCAAUUAAUAAGUCCAAAUGUCCAGGAAUUACCAACAUAUCCUGCAUUUGACUCAGAUCAUGAACUUUAUGAUGACGAUGAAGAACAAGAACAACAACCGCAAACUAGAUAUCGUUCUGAAAGUGAUGCUUACUCUAACAAGUUACAUUCAACAGAUUCACCAAAUAACGUUCCUUAUGACUCGGAUGCUCAAUAUAAUGAAAAACAAGGAAGCUCUAGUGAUAGUUCCGUGACUUCAUUUGAGAAACAGAGACAAAGAGAGAUUGAGGAAGCUGAAAAUACUGGUAAAGUGGCUUAUACGGAAGGUGAUCAAAUUAUUAUUGAAAAUAAACAUGGUGAAAUUCUAGAUCAAGCAAAAUUAAAUAUUCCACCGGAUGAUGUUGAAGGUAGUUUGAAAGAAUACGAAGGUGAGCCCCCACUUCAUGGUGUUACAUCUCAUGAUUCAGGCUCAAGCCUAAGGGCUUUGAAACACGUUAUUUCACCUGCUUCCUUAACAAGUGUCCCAUCCAUUGUUGGUAAUGUCAUAAAGAAGACGGCAAGUAGGCAUUCAAGUGUUGGUGGAAUCUCUCUCGGUUCAUCCGAUGGUGAGACUAAACACAAAUAUCAUGCAUAUAAGAUUGAUAAUCUGUUAAUUAUUGAAAAUGAAGAAGGUGAUGUCGUGAGAAGAUACAAAAUCAACCCUCAUGCAAACGAAAACGAAAACGAGAAUGAAAAUAAUAAUGACGACACUGGUGUUGUUUCAAAGGCUCUGUCUGCCGUCGGUUUAAGAAGUCGUGCCGCAUCUUCUGCUCGCCGCCCACCUGUUAAAGAUGGGAACACUAGAAAGCAAUCUAUUUCAAAAUCUGCUGUUAAUAAAAUAAAACAACCAGCAACUAACAGAAUUCUUACACCUGCUCCAACUCAGAUGUAUUCCUCAAGUCGUGCUAAUGCAUAUAAAGAAUCAGAAUCAGGUAGUGAUUAUACAAGCGAUGAAAAUGACAGUAUAGAAUAUGAUGAUGAUGAUGAUGAAAUUGAAACAAAUGAUGAUUACGAAUACGAAACAAGCGAUGGUUCUGAUUAUGAAUCUGAGACUGAGUUUGAAAGACAGAGGCGUUUGAAUGCAUUGGGUCUAACGAAUGCACCAAUAGGAGGUGGUGAAGAUGAUGAAGAAGAGGAGCCUACUCCUACUGUUAAUAGUAGAGAAAGAGCGGGUAGUAGAACCCAAAACUUAAAGAGUUCGAUAGCCAAGAAAUUUAGUUUGAAGAAGGGGCCGAAUUGA